AUGGCCCAGGACGAAAAAGUCGAUAGACGAUCAAGUGAAGGAGGAGUCUCAGAGCCGGACACAUCGUCCACCUCAGACGUUGGUAAGGAUGUUGCUGUUGCCUCUCCAGCCAACGAGCAGGGUGGUGAGCCUGCAGCGGAGAAAGUCUCGGGGCCUGGACCACCUCCAGAUGGUGGCACCAAAGCAUGGCUUCAAGUCCUUGGAGGUUUUCUCCUGGUACUGAACACUUGGGGUCUCGUGAAUUCGUAUGGUGUCUUCCAAACGUACUACUCCACAGAUCUGCUCAAAUCGUCGACUGCGUCAGCUAUCUCAUGGAUUGGGUCGAUUCAGGCCUUCCUUCUCCUCUUUGCUGGAAUCCUGUGCGGCCGAGCCCUUGAUGCCGGCUACUUCUACCACAUGGCUGCGCUUGGUGGUUUCCUCGAAGUCUUCGGAAUGAUGAUGACAUCGAUUGCGACGAAGUAUUGGCAGGUGUUUCUUAGCCAAGGAGUUUGCGUGGGUUUGGGAUGCGGCUGCCUUUUCACACCCAGCAUUGCCAUUAUUGGCACCUAUUUCACGUCAAAGCGAAGUAUUGCGACAGGAUUGGCGGCAAGUGGUAGCAGCGUUGGUGGUGUGAUUUACCCAAUUAUUGUCAGGAGGAUGUUCCAGACAAUCGGAUUCCCAUGGGCGGCGCGAGUCAUGGCUUUUGUCAUGCUUGCCACGAUUGUCAUUGCAAUAACACUUCUACGCCCACGGCUGCCACCACGCAAGUCUGGACCGUUGGUGAUAUGGACUGCUGCCAAAGAGCCGGCAUAUGCAUCCUUUGUCUUGGGGCUCGCACUUGCAUUCGUUGCAUUCUUCAUCCCCUUCUUUUACGUACAAACCUACGCUUUGAAUAUUGGCAUGAAUCAGGACCUAGCGUUUUACACACUGAGCGUCAUGAACGCAAGUGGCAUGAUAGGUCGACUAGUACCAAACUUCCUUGCGGACAAGUAA